UAACCGCUGGUCUCUAAUUACUCCCAGUCCCACAACAAAACAUGACAGAGCGUGUCAGGUGUUGCCCUAAAACAAUCAAUAACAAAGACGUCGCGAAGCUUUUAGCGCGACAUAAGCCACCGUUUAGCCCAGCCCCAACUGUCCGCGGGCCCCUGUUUGACCGUUUGGUCUUAGGGGGCCGGGCUCGUCCGGGUCAUGAGACUCCAGAGGUGGGUUUGUCUCCGUAAACUCGCAGCUGGAUCUCUCUCCGCUCCAUCCUCCUGGAGGCUGGUCGCUUUUACCAGCCAGAAGCAGCACGUGCGUCGGUUCAGUCAGACUGUGGCGAACAUGGCAGAAGAGGCGAAGAAACUGGCCGCUUUCGCCGCCGUGGACAACCACGUCCAGAACAACCAGGUUAUUGGAGUGGGCAGCGGGUCAACUAUAGUAUAUGCUGUGGACAGAUUAGCGGAGAGGGUGCGCCAAGAAAAGCUCAACAUCGUGUGCGUGCCCACCUCCUUCCAGGCUCGACAGCUGAUCCUGCAGCACGGUCUCACGCUGUCGGACCUGGACAGGCACCCAGAGCUGGACGUGGCCAUCGAUGGAGCGGACGAGGUGGACUCGGAGCUCACGCUCAUUAAAGGUGGAGGCGGCUGCCUGACCCAAGAGAAGAUCGUCGCCGGCUGUGCCAAGCAUUUCGUCGUCAUUGCCGACUUCAGAAAGGAUUCUAAGGCCCUGGGCCAGCAGUGGAAGAAGGGAGUUCCUAUUGAAGUUAUCCCCAUGGCUUAUGUCCCCGUCUCCAGGAUGAUAGCCAGGCGCUUUGGAGGGGAAGCCAUCUUAAGGAUGGCUGUCAGUAAAGCAGGUCCCGUCGUCACCGACAACAGCAACUUCAUCCUGGAUUGGAAGUUCGAGCAUGCUCAGAACUGGAAGGAAGUCAACACUGCGAUCAAGAUGAUUCCAGGUGUGGUGGAGACCGGGCUCUUUGUAAGCAUGGCUGAACGAGCGUACUUCGGGAUGGAGGACGGAAGCGUAACGAUCCGGUCCGCUCCAGUCAACUGAGGCGUUUCUCCACCAGCCACGCCUCCGUCCUCCCACAAGUGCCCCCGCCAUUAACCAACCCUACAUCUAAAGAAAAGAAAAAUACUCCAGCAGGGACGUUUUCAUUCAUCCCAAAACUGAGGGGCAAGCUACCCAAGACCUCUUGACCUACCUCAUCCAGCAGGUGGUGCUUCUAGUUCUGCGAGUUUUAAAAGUGCCUGAUGAGGAAGGUCGAGUGGCACAGGGAAUGUCCCCGUGAUCGACGGGGUUUGGCUGCAGGACUGUGAUUCCCAGGUGGUCAAACCAAAGUGUGCCUUAAGAUUCUGUGUUUGGGUCCUUGCAAGACUCCCGUUCCAUUGUGAUCUGCCAGGCUGAGGGGAACGAGUGAAAAUUCCCAGUGAAACAAAUCGCAUCAUCAGCAGAAAGAAGUCAUCUGCUUUAGGUGUUUAUGUGUAAGAACACAUUUGGAUAAAUUACAGUAGAUGACUGUAAGAUUUCUGCAGAAUGAGUUGGCAGCCGACCUGAAGGGAGACAUUUGGCCCAACGCGUCCUCUCAGUCAAUUGUAAAGAGAGCCACUGUAUUCCUGUGAGUCAUGAUUUGGUUUCCUGCCAUGGAAGAAGACAGUUUGUGGUUACCUCAGGGUUUCACAGUCCUGCAGCCUCACCAUUUGUUCUAAAAGGGAAAAAAAAUUACAUGUGUACGUAAAUGCAUGCACUUUCCUCUGCUGUGUCGGUUCUUUUUGUGCCUGUAAGUCACUUGCAUGACGGUUAUUUACCCACGACGCCAGCUGUUGGCUCACAGAAAAUGUAGUGCCACGAUUUUUCUUUGUGAAAAAGUAACUAAUGAUGGAAGUUGUCACAUGUUAAACGUAGCCUUAUAUACGCACAACACACACAUGCUGUGCGUGCCUUAGACUGCUCAACACCGAAGAUUCCUGUUGAGGUGCAAAUUGCAGCCUCUUUGGCAUUGGAUUCUUUUUGAAAUACAUUAAAUUUCCUUUUAAACUACAGCCAUAACUAUCCUAUUAGUAAUCAAGUGUCAGUAUUCCUUCUCUUAAGAAAAGCUGUAGUUCCACAAGCUGUCUGCAGCAUCUGUCUAGAAACUCAGAACUUUGUAAAGAGACUCUUGAGCAUUAAGGCACAGAGGUUAAAGCAAACAAGCUCAUUUCAGGUGAAUUUAAUUUUAGCCUCAUUAAGGAAAGAAAGAAGCCAGAUUGUAUGUUCUCUCAGCCUCUGAGGCUGUGACAGCAGAACUACACCAGCGUUUCCCUCAUCCUCUUCUCAACCAGUCGACUGUGAAUAUAAUUUUUCUGUGAAGGUACUAUUUUCUUUGCAAAUCAAUACAGGACCAAAAAUGAAAA